AUGGAAAAGAUUGGCGACAAUCUAUGCUAUACAGACACUGAUAGUUUAAUCUAUCUGCGGGAAAAAGGCCAGCCUGACCCGGUCGCCGAGAUGCGUGGAGAGUGGUUAGGUAUGCUGACCUCGGAAAUCCCAGAAGGCUGGAGGAUGACGAAAUUCGUCUCCCCAGCAGCCAAAGUCUACAGCUAUUUGCUGGAAAAUGAUAAUGGCCAAGUACGGGUGGUCACCAAAGCCAAAGGAGUGACUUUGGACCAUACAGCAGCCACUGCUGUUAACUAUGAUGGUAUGGAGAGGAUUGUUCGGGAUUAUGUGGAGAACAAUUCCACAAGUGUUUUGUCGGCUCAAAGCACAAUCUUCAAGCGGACCUUGGGACACAUUCAGACCGCGGAUCUGACAAAGAGAACAGGUGUCGUAAUGGAUAAGUUGAGGUUUUUACCCGACUAUUCCACUCUACCCUAUGGGUAUUCAUUGUAA